AUGUUAAAUGACCACUAUAAUAGAGUCUUUUUACUGUUUUACAUAUUCAGUCCUUUAUUCCGAAUUGAUAAACAACAAGACAUGUGUAAUGAUGGUCUUGUUGUAUUAAAAAUAAAAAAAAGAAAAGCUGGUGUUUUUUCACUUUUAAUUCGCCAACAGCCGUCGAUUGCUUGUUUAACAAAGCCUUACAAACGAGACCGUAGGAUGAUUGAGCCUCCUCCUAUCAUUCAAAUAAAGCUUAAAGAGCAAAUUACAAAUGAUAAACCGUAUUUUCUUGAAAGUCCUUAUUUGUUCAUCCAUGUUAGCUUGGUAGCCGAUGAAUCUAACAGCCAGGAAACUAUAGAUUAUAAAAACAUUCUUCAGGGACAAACUUCUUCUUCAAUGUAUCAGCUUAAAGAUAUUGAUAAUAAGUAUGGUGGAUUUUGUAUUUUUAGCAACUUGUUCGUAAAGGAAACUGGUAGUUUUCGUUUAAAAUUCUCGCUGUUUUGGAUUACCAGUACAGAAGCAGUCCAUAUGUGCCACACUACUUCAGAUAUCUUUACGGUCUACUCAGUAAGCACAUACCCUGGGUCACUAGAAUCAACAUUUCUAUCAAGAGCAUUUUCUAGCCAAGGUAUACGAAUCGCGACACGAAAACAAUCCCAUGCACAAAUAAACUCGACGUGCAAAAGAAGAGCUCCAGAAAAAUAUUGUGCAAUCGAGAUUUCAGAUAGAGAUAAUGUUACUAAAGCCACUUGUGCAUCAGGUUUACCGAUACUAAUAACACCAGAGCAUUGUAUGUAUACUUCCCGAGAAGAAAUAGCUGCACACAAAAAACACAAUGGCAAAGUAUGCAGACCAAACACAAUUCCAAGCUGUGAUAUUUCUUGGUCGGAAUACAGUUUUGAUGAUAAACCAAGAGAGGCCAAGAAAGCAAAAAUUCAGAAAGCACUGCCUGUUUCAUCUCUUCCUCCAAUUCGCGAUCUUGAAGCCUUUCAGCAUAAUGUAUCGGAGCCCCCUAUUGCAUAUGGUUCCGAAAUAUGUAACGAAAAGAAAAAAUUCUUUUUGCAUCAAUCAAAACAUCAAGAGACUGAUUUUGAUCGACACAUUACCCCGUCAAUUACACAUGUACCUUAUCGAUCUUACAUAUACAAUACGUCGCGGGAGGAGUCGCGCGCUUAUAAAAGCGCAGAUUGUACCAAACAUCAAAAUAUUCAUUUGCCACCUCUUUGGAGCAUUAUGCGCCACAUCUCUCUCUCACAAAAUAUGUCUGAUUCAGCGUUUGAAGACAGUAGAUAUAUACCUGCUACAAUGCAGACCAAGAAUCAUUUGGCGUAG